CCGCCGACGCGAACGCACGUGAAGCGCUUGGUCGCCGUUUGGAUUUUGGGAUUUCCUCGAAAAUCGUUGUCCCUGAAAGCGGCGUCGGGAAGUGGAGGCGCCUGCUCCGCCCACAGAGUGCAUGAAGUGAAUAUCCGCGAGAUACGAGAUAGCUUUCUUCGUGGCGUAGGCGUGCGGUGGCGUCUCGCGUACAAAAACAACGCUUUGCCGGUCCCAGCUGCAUCCGUGUGCGUGCCAGUGUGUGUGCCACUGUGUGUGUGUGUGUUUGUGUGCUUUCUUCAAUUCCCAGCACUCGUCGCAAAGUAAUAUGAAAUCAUAACAAAGUGUCACACGGCCCGCGACGAGUUGUUUUUGUCAAGGCCCCCUCCCACCCCCUCCUAACAACCAGCGACAGCGCAAUUAGCCAUUACAUCCGCACAUGUGAGGGCGUUCUCGCCUAGGAAUAGGGAACAGCAGGGGAGAGAGAGGCGCUCCUGAUGGCAGGAUCAAUGGAAAAUGGAAACAUUCGGGAUGAAUGAGCCCCAAUAGGAGAGCGGGGAGAGAAAGCAAGCGACAACAACAGAAAGCACAGAAGUAAUUUGCAUCGGCUGUUAGUGGAGCAGCCCCGACGACAUCAGACCCAGCCCCAGACCACACAGUCUCCAGCAGAGUCGCCACCAGACCCGACACAUCCACGCCCACAUCCACAAACAUGGUGAUAAGCCAGCCCGACGCGGCGCCCAACGGGGGUGCCGCAGCCGCCACAGCAGCCGGUUCAGUGGGCCUCGACGGCACCGGGAAUAGCCUGGCGCAUCCGUCGGGAAUACCCCAGGAUCAAAUAGACAAUAUCCUGAGCGGCAUCGCCAACUCCGGCGACGUCAAAAUGAACAAUCACCGCAAGAAGCUGCGACAAAGAUUCGAUAUUAUUAAGAAACUAGGUCAGGGCACCUACGGCAAGGUGCAGUUAGGUAUUAAUAAGGAGACCGGCCAGGAGGUGGCCAUCAAAACCAUAAAAAAGUGCAAAAUCGAGGCCGAGGCGGACCUGGUUCGCAUCCGCCGCGAGGUCCAGAUCAUGAGCUCGGUCCAGCACCCCAACAUCAUUCACAUUUACGAAGUUUUCGAGAACCGGGAGAAGAUGGUGCUCGUCAUGGAGUUUGCCGCUGGCGGCGAGCUCUACGACUACCUGUCCGAGCGGAAGGUCCUGAGCGAGGAGGAGGCGCGACGCAUCUUCCGCCAGGUGGCCACCGCCGUCUACUAUUGCCACAAGCACAAGAUCUGCCACCGAGAUCUGAAGCUGGAGAACAUCCUGCUAGACGAGAAGGGCAACGCCAAGAUCGCCGACUUCGGCCUCUCAAAUGUGUUCGACGCUGGUCGGCUUCUGGCCACCUUCUGCGGCUCCCCCCUCUACGCCUCGCCGGAAAUUGUGGAGGGCACACCCUACCAGGGCCCCGAGGUGGACUGCUGGUCGCUGGGCGUGCUGCUCUACACCCUGGUGUACGGCUCCAUGCCCUUUGACGGCUCCAACUUCAAGCGUCUGGUGAAGCAGAUCAGCCAGGGCGACUACUACGAGCCGAGGAAGCCCUCCAGAGCCUCGACCCUCAUCCGCGAAAUGCUGACGGUGUGCCCGAGGAAGCGGGCCACCAUUGAGCAGAUCUGCUCGCACUGGUGGGUGAACGAGAACGACAACGUCUCCUGCCUGGACCUGGCCGAGGACUUGGCCAACCAGACCCCCGUGCGACUGGACGUGCUGCUCUCCCUGACCCCGGCGGCCAUUACGGCGGACCAGCUGGUUGUGCCCUCGGCGGAGGGAGUCGCCGCAGCAGCCAAGGCGGCGGCCAACGAGCGAGUUCCUCGCUCCCACUCCGUGGGCUCCAUCCGGGACAUGGGACCGCCGAACACGGAGGCUGAGCGCCGCAUCCUCGACAUGGUUGCCGCUGGCGGAGAGGCUGCCCUGAUGCCCUCGCCCACCAGGACCAUUACUCCCGCCCAGAGCCCGGUGCAGACCAAGAGGAAGCUCCAGCCCACCGUGUCCACGGAGAACGCCGCUGGGACGACGGCCAAGAAGAAGGAGAAGCCGGCCAACAGCUCCUUUGUGAUCAGCAGCGAGGGAGGAGCGCCGACGCUGGCUUCACUGACUGAGGCACCACCGGCCAUUGCACCACCAGCCAUCGCCCCACCCAAAGAUACGCUCAUGGAGACGGAGAGGUCUGUGCCGGAAGCAGAGCAGGCGCCAGCACCCAGCUUCUCCCAGAAAGACAUGCAAGCGGUGGGAGAUCUCUGCGAGCAGCUGAUGGGGGAGAGUCCCGCCCCUGUGCCCGCACCCGUAUCCGUGCCUGGUCCUGCUCCCACCCCCAUCGCCGUCGCCCGACAGGCCACCAGGGGCAAGCUGGACGCCGUGGCCGAGACCCCGGAGGAGAAGGACGCCACCAAGGUCAUCAAGAAGUUCGUGAACAAGCACAAGACCGCGGAUCUGGUGAACGCCAUCAACGAGAGCGCCUCCAAGGCAGCGCCACCUGCUCCGGCCGCCGUGCCGCCCUUCGUACGGAAGUGCAGCCUGCAGGACGAGUCCACGUUGAACAAGUUCAAUGCCGAGCGGAGGAAGUCGCGCAUCCUGGAGACGGCGGAGAAGUUCCAGCCUCCUCCGGCGGUAGCCACGCCCACAGCCGCGCCUGAGAAGCCCAAGAAACUCAGCAUACCGGGCGUCAGCGUGGGCAGCUUCAAGAAGGAGUUCGAGCGCAAGGCCACCAACCCGCCCACCUCGAGCGGACCCACUCCCGGCGAGCUGAGGGCCCAGGAGCAAGUGGCAGCCGCCGCGGCAGCCGCACAGGAGGCUGAGGCUCUGGCCACGCCGCCCGCAUCGCCUCCCGAGGCCGGGCCGCCGAACCUGGAGGCCAGUGACUCGAAGAACUCGGUUGCCUCGAUCUCGCUGGACGAGGCACGUCGCUCCAUGGAGAACUCCAUAGCCCUGCUGCUGCAGGCCCAGAACGAGUCCAGCAAGGAGGUGGACCAGCUCUGCGCCCAGACCGAGACCAUCGGGGUGAGCGACCACCCCCCGAAGACCGAGGAGCGGGAGCGUAAGUUGAAGAAUGCCCGCGCCAUUAUCGGAAACGCCAUACAGCCGGUGAUACGCAGGCCAACCCCGUUACUCGGCAUCGGCAACGGCUUUGGCAAUGGUGGGGCAGUGGGUGGUGGUGCGGGUGCUGGUGCGGCACCUAAACGGGCCCAGAGCGGCACUAGCUUUAUGGGUUAUAUGGGUGGCACGAUGGUGAGUCCGACCUCGCCCCCGAUCGCGGCACCCCAGACAGCUCCUCCUGUGCUGAUUUCGCCGAAUGCCCUGGAGGCGGCCAAGCAGACCAUCCAACAGAGGGUAUUUGGCGGAGGAGCAAGUCACCAAGGAGGCAUGAACCGGAGACCCGCCACAUGGCAGCCCCAGAACUCCUACAGCACUGCCAGCAUUUUCCAGCCGCCGCAGAGUGCCGGCGCCUCGCCCUUCAAGAUGCUCCAGCAGCAGUACCAGCAGAGGUGCCUGGACCAGGACCAGAUCCCGAACCCCAACCAGAGGGCCAGCUUCAUAUUCACGCCCCCGCCAUCGCCCCAGUACACGCCCGGCCCCGCCUUCGCCAACAGCAGCAGCAGCGGCAGCAGAAACAGCGGUACCAGCAACAGCAGCAGCGGCAACAGCAAGAGAAGCAGCAACAGCAACAGCAACAACAAUGCCACUUACAGUUACAAUAUCAAUUCGCGCUCGAGACCAUUCAAUCAUAAUCAAGCUCAAGACACACCCACUACCAAUGCCACUACCAGUGCCGCCCGCGCCGCCCCCGCGGCUGUGUGGCUCAAAUCCUCGCCGGGAGCCGAGGGCCCUCCGACACCGCCGGGAUCCGUCAAGACCUCCACCGCAUCGAUUACCUUGAAGUCGGCCACCUUGCCGCGCCGAAAAAUCAACGCCAAGGCGGAGGUGCAGCUGGACAUCAAGCCACCUAUCCCGGAGCCCCCGCAGCCGGCCAUGCGAUUCAGCACGGAGAUGCAGCACCCGGUGGCAGACCUGCGGAGCGCACCGCCCCGCGAGGGCCCGCUCCCCUACAGCCCCAUCAAGACAACUGUCCAGGCCCGGGCCACCAGCCUGGAGCCCAAGGAGCAUGUCAUCACCAUCCAGCGCCCGCCCGCUCAGCACGUCUACGGCCGCACCGGCUCCAACACGACUACGCGUUCCGGCUCACUGUCACGCCAGUCCACGGUGGAAUCCGAGUCAGACGCCACCACCACGGCCACAAACAUGUCGCAGGCCACCGUCACCAGCCAGGGCACCUCGCAGCCCAUCAAGAAGAGUCCGCGGGAGUUCAUCAUCCCGAUUGCCGUGGAGGGUGGUGGCUUCAUCACGCCGCGGGAGCGCAGCGUGGAGCCCUCCGAGUCCAGUCACACGACCAGUAGUCGCUCCACGUUUGGCCGCCUGCGUCCCUCGCGUCACAUUGGCUCACUGCUAAGCGAGGCCGGCUUCGACGAGGGCUCGCCAUUCCAGAACAUGCGCACCACUUCGAUCAGCCGGGAGGGCGGCAGCGGAGCAGGCGAGGACGACGCCCGCUUCACCCCGCACAAACUCAGAAGCUCCAGACCUGUCAAGAAAAUCAGUCAAGACAACGACUCGCAGAGCUCCAACGAGGAGGACGACGACGAUGACGAUGGCUUCGAGAUACUCACGGCAGAGAACCUGUUCUCGACUCUGCUGCAGCGGGUGCGCGCUCUGACGAAUCGCCUGAAUGUCAACAGUGACCUCACGGUCGGAUUCCCCAGCCAUUCUAGUCGCCUGCUGACGGACAUUUCGCGGCAGGCCCAAAGUCACAGUCCCUUCUGGGGUCAGGGCAGUCCCUUUGCCAGUGGGCCUAGGUCCCAAGUUAGUUACACGUAUAGCGAGACGGUUGAGAAGAAGAAAGUCCGCCUGAACAGCAGCAGCAACCACAGCGGCGGACUGGGCGCUCCCUGGAGGCACAGCAUGUCCCGGGACCUGGGCAGCGACAUGGAGUCGAUGUUUUCGCGCACCGGGGCCACCCUGCCAAGAGGUCACCAUCAAGGCAAAAGCAAACCCAGCUCAGCGCCAGCCCACUCGGACAAGGUCUCCGGAUCUGGCGGCUCCACCACAGCCUCCACGAACAGUGAGGAGCCCUUGGACCUAGCCGACCUGGACCUCUCGCGCCUGCGACUGAGCAAGAAGGACUUGGAGACCCUCUCCAGCAUCACACCCGGACUGCCAAAGUGCUUCCAGGAGCAGCUUCUGGCCAAGUUGCCACCGACGCAGGCAAGGAAACUCUCCCGGACGCUGAGUGUUCAGACCAGCAGUGCACCCAGCUCGGCUUCCACGCCCAAGGUGUACAAGCGCAGUCAGAGCAGCGGCCGGGGAUACGCGACGGAAGAGCACCACCCUCCGGAGGAGCUCCAGUUUCCCAAGUCCUCGCUGAUGGAUGCACCGAAGACGACCUCCGCCAGCACCGCCAUUUACAGAAGAAGCCUCAGCCGAAGUCAGGCACAUGGCCCGGGGCCUGAGGGUCAGCCAUCCCAGAGCGGCCAGCUUGGACAACUUGGAACGCCCGGACAGUCGGAAGCCAAGAUCAAGAGCCGCAGCAGCAGCGUGUGUCGGGACGACUACGGAAAGUCAUCGCUCUGCAGCAGUAGCACCUACACCAGUGACGUCAGCGACAAGUACAAAUACUACUCGCCCUACCUGAGCAAGUCCAGCAACGCGAGCCCUUCGAUCGGCCCCAAGGAGGCGGCAGAGAAGCGCUACAGCAGCACCGGCCUCCAAGCGGGCCGUCCUCCAAGCGGCUGCAUGUCCCCUCCACCUUCUGCCCCAAUAACAGUAACGGAGGGCUCCAGCUCCUUGAGGAUUGGCCGCUCCUCGCAGCGCCGCAUCUCCCGCUUUCUGCGACCGGACUUCUUUGACGAUCCCCGUGAUCGGGAGACGCAGAGCAUGCUGAGGGAGAUCAGGGAAAAAUCGGUGGAUCGUCAGCCUGAAGAGCCCCUGCAGGAUCUUAGGCGCCGCAAGCACAGUCUGCCUAAUGUGGAUCAGGUUGCAGAGCAGGCUGCUCUGGAAACCGGGCCCUCAAGAUCAUCCAUGCGGCACUCCAGGAACAAGAGCAUGGAACUCUUUCCAGAUGCAGAAGCGAACCAGGAACCUGCCAAGACUAACAGUUCCCGCCAACGAAGUGUGUCACGAGCCAGGGACUUCGAACCGGACCUGGACAAACAUCAGCUGGCGGACAAGAUCCUCCAAGAGCUGCAGCUCCUUUCCGCCGUAAGAUCCCAAAAGGAGCAGACUGUUCUAGAAGCGGAAAAGUCUAAGGACACCUCCACAAUGCGGAAAGUGAAGAAGCUUAGGCCCAAGGAGACGUUCACGAAUGAUCCGGAGGGAGUCAAAUUAUCAACCACCUCGACCACUACAACCUUGGUGAGAAAGGUCAAGAAAGUGACCAAGAAGACGGACGAAACUAAACCAGCUACGGAUGCUCAGCCUGAUGAUUCAGCCGCGCCCAAGGAAACCAAACUAAAACGACCCAAAUCCUACCCCAUGAAGGAUCUUGGCUUGAGCCUCAAGUCUUCAGAGCUACCCGAACCCAUUCCGAAUCCGAGCCGUUCCAGCAAACUUCCCAGCAAGCUGCCCUUGGGAGGAGGGGUUCCCACUGACCCAUCUCAAGAAGCAGCGCCCCGGGAGAGUCGCCUGAUGAGGCCAAAAAGCUACCCGGCCACCAAACUGGCCACCCCCAAGGAGCUGCGCAAGGUCACUCGCAGUGGGGUGGCCAUACCCACGAUAACAGAAGCAACUGCAUCGAAGACCACUCCCGUUAGUUCCAAAUCCACAUCGGAGGAAAAGUCGCUCUCAGCCACGCCCACCGGCACCAUGACUACUGUCGCAGAGAUAAAGGACACUGGCUCCUCCUCUAGUGAUUCACGACCCGCGACUAUUAAGAAGAUCAUCAAGGUCUCCAAGAAGUCUAAGCUCGUGCCGCCCACACCCGUGACGCCAAGCACGCCUCCAACGACCACGACGACGACAGCCACCACCACGGCGACCAGCACGCCCAUGGACAGCUCCAAAGAGUCAAGUCCGGUGAUCAAGGCCAAGGACAAGUCUCCGGAGAAGAAAACUAGCAAGGGUCUGCUCUACGCGUUGGGCCAGAAGUUUGAAAAGCUGAGAGACUCGGCCAUGAGCAAGGACAAGAAAGGAGCAUCCGUAGGAGUCGCAGCUUCUCUAGCCUGCAGCCAGAAGCAAGGGUCUCCCGAGGAGCAGCGCAGCUCUCCGGAGAAGGUGAACAGAAGCGAAGAGAGGGUGCUGGAUCAUGGAGGCGCAGAUGACCGACGGGUGGACAAACGCUCGCGAUUCGACAGCGUCCUGAGGUCCUUAAGGGAGCGGUCCGUACCCAGGUCGCAGAACAGUGGCAGGGCUAGCCCCAAAAGAGCAGCCAGCGUAGAGGAGCUGUGUGUGGAGAAUCCGGGUAAACAGGGGGGCGCCGUGAACAAGAUGUUGGGAGGGCUCCUGCGACGGUUCGACCGGGAGAGCAACGAGCAGCGGCGUGUGCGGAGCACUCGCUCCACCAGCAACAUUGAGCAGCAAGUGCGCGAGGAGCAGGGGCAGCGCUUGGACGCUUCGUUACCCACUUCACCCAUUUACCAGAACGUGGUGAAGAAGGCGAAGGCUACUCCGGCUGGUGAGGAGAACUGCAACUGCGACACCGCCUGUCCGGAGUGCAAGCAGAACAAGGCUCCGACGCCCAACACCACCUCCGCCAGCAACAAGGAGAAGAGGAAGGGUCUGAUGCUGGACCUGGCCAGUGCCACCGCAAGUGCAGCUCCUAGUAGCGGUCCGACAACCACAACUACCACCACCGGAAGUGGUGGAAGCAGCUACCGGGGAAGCAAAACUAACCCCGCUCUGAUAAAUGGAAACGGCGGACUGAACAUCUAUUCCAACCUCCCGCCCUACCCCGGAGCCAUGAAGAGCACCAGCUCCAACAACAGCUCCAGUCAGCAGUCGGUGGAGAACGCCACCAACAACAACUCGACGAAUACCAACAACAACUGCAGCUCGCAGACCUCUGGCUACAGGACCUCCUCCGCUCAUGAGAUCAACCGGAACAACCCCCUGCUGACGCCCUCCUUCGAGAACAUUGCCAACUACUCCUCGGAUUCGCGCAGCUACCAGGACGAUUGCGCCUCCACUUCGACCUUCCUGUCUCCCACAGAGGAGCCCGAGCUGUACUUCGACAACUGGUCUAUCUGCUCCGAGGACAACUAUAUGCUGCAUGCCACGCCAUCGCCGACGGUGUCAAGACUGUCGAGAGCGUCCCUGUCCUCGCCGACGCGCUGCUCCGAGAGCUCUGAUCCCAACGAGAGUGUGAUCGACAGGAUCAAACGGCGCAGCUUUUACAGCCGCUUCAACGAGCAGAAGAAACCGAGGCGAACCAGCAGCAUAGUGGGCCCCUCGGCGGUGAGGGACUACUACCGUGAGCAGGCCUCCACCCGUUCCAGACACGUCCCAGACGUAGAGCCACCUAGGGCGCACUCUCCCGAUAUUGCCCAGCAGUUCUUCAGACCACUGAAACUCAGUCCAGUGGGCACUGAACUGAAGCCUCCUGUCUACCGCUCCACCAUGGACUACUCCUCCUCCACGAGCAAGCCCAGAAAGAGCUUGAACGAUAUCCGGAACACGUCCCCCUCGUUUCUCAGCAAACGCUACGAGACAACGCCGCACGACUACAGCCUUUCCAGUGUGCCGAUGCGCUACAAGAGCUCCUCCAGCUCAAGUCCCAGCAAUGGAGCCGGGGCCAUCGCGAGUGGCUACUACAACACCUACAACCCCAAGCGAAGGUCCUCCUACACCCUGAACGGCACUCUGCCCUCGGGCUCCGCCAGCGGAAGCAGUGCCGCAGGGAGCAGCCACUUGGACGGCUACGCAACCCUAGGGAGACGCUCCAUCAGGCCAUACGACCACCGGACCAUGUCGCUGCUGGAACCGCCAACUACGAGCAGCAGCAGCAGAAGGAGCGACGAGGAUAGGUCCUACCAGAGACGCGAGGCUCGCACCCCGGUCAGGGAUUACACUUCCAGCAUUUCACGGUCCGGUUCCCGUUACCGCACUUCCUCGGCCACACGCAGUCCGACCAACAUUUGAUGUACCACUCCGCAGAACGGCUUUUGCAUCUUCUGCUACUACUCCAAACGGAAAAAGCACCACCAGCUGCAACUGAAGUCUGCCCCCAGCCAGAUCCAGCCCGGACACCAGCACCACCACGCCGAACAGCACAAGUUCUAGACUGGUCCGGGAUCACACCUCUUAGACUUAGGCGAUUUUGGAUAUUUUUUGUAUGAAACUAGCCAAAGUUAUGUACUCUGCCCCCUAGUUGUAGGUUUGUUGUAGUUCCGAUAUAGCGGAUACGUAGAGGUUAUAGCGAUUGAAACGAUGGUAGCGCAGGGUCAGUGAAGGCCUCAGCAUAGGCCACUCAUGAGUCCGCUAGGUCGUCCCACGAGAAUGCGCCACAGAUGCAUACAUACGAUUUUCAAAUAAUUGUGCCUUGGUUCCUCCGGCGGUUAUAGAUUAGCCAAAAUAGCCACAAAACGUUGGUUUUUUAACUUUAAGUAUGUAAGAGGGUAAUGGAAGGACGAAAUAGGAGGCAGAAAAAGCUCCAGAGAAUACAGACGUGUGUUUCACAGAGAUAUGGUUAUACGAGUAUAUGGAUAUGUAUUUUCUAGCUAUUUUUGUGCUCCGCAGGAGACCUCGCGCCGAAAAUGCGUUAAAAUUUCAAAUAAUAAUAAUUUUAACAAUUUUUUUGCAUUAUACACAGAACUGAAUGAGGGAUUGUUUCGAGUUUAGAGCUAGUAGGUAGAAGUUUCGUUUGCUAGGACUAUUGAUGUUAUUGCGAAAUAAUAGAAAAUAUGCGAAUUGUGAGCGAAGGAGUUAGAGUUAGAGGGAGAGUUAGUAAUCGUAGCACAACAAUAAGCGAAUUUAAAAAGGAACUAAAUGGAUCGGGAAACGUAAAACACAACUCGGAACAUAAGUAGUACGUUAAAGUUUUUGGGUAGAUACACAAUUCGAGUUCAAACUGUAACUAGACGGGAAAGCGUGAAGCGUUUUCUGAGAAUAAAUACAAAAUUGAAUCACAA